AAUUCAUAUCAGUUGGCUGAGCACUCAUGUCACUAGAAGUCUGACUCUCCUGCUAUGCUCUUGCCUGCUGUGCUCUUUUGAAAAGGUUUUCUGACUACAACAAAAUCUGAUGAAAUUUGUUACCAAGCAAAUUGAAUUGUUCAGGUCGCAGCCAUUUUAGACGUUCUAACCAUCAUUUGAAAAAAGAUUUCAACCUACUCCAUUUCAAUUCUCUCUAAGGAGCUGCUCCUGUGCUGUUUGGCUCCUGCCCACCUGAGAUGGAACAAAGCAUUGAACAAAUGACUGAGAUCCUGUUGUGUCUAUCAUCUGUUGAAGCUGCCAGUCUUAAAGAAGGAAUCAAUUUCUUUCGCAAUAAGAGCACUGGCAAAGACUACAUCUUAUAUAAGAAUAAGCACCGCUUGAGGGCAUGCAAGAAUAUGUGCAAGCACCAAGGAGGCCUGUUCAUAAAAGAUAUCGAGGACUUAACUGGAAGGUCUGUUAGAUGCACAAAGCACAACUGGAAGUUAGAUGUGAGCACCAUGAAGUAUAUCAAUCCUCCAGAAAGCUUCUGUCAAGAUGAGUUGG